CCGGUUUUCCUGCUAUGUGCUAAGAGAAUGGACUGAGUACCUGGUCACACCUGCCGGGUGACUUUUCACUUCACCUGAGAGGAACAGCUUCACUACUGACGUCUCUGCGUUCACACAAAAGUUACGGAUAGUUUCGGGGUAAAAAUCAAAACAAAACAGAAAACUCAACAAAUGAAGCCAAAAAUGACUUUUAGCAACUGGAAGCAGCUUUGUUAACAAACUCUCGACCGAGCAACAGGUUUCAACUGAAUAAAGAGGAAAGUUGAGUUUCAAAACUAAAGAAUGUCUGGCCAGGGCGGUCCAAUCUCAGAUGAGGUGGCUGUUCCUCCUGCUGAUCCAGCUGCAGAGAAAAUAGCCACAAUUAAGCCACGAGAUAGUGACAGUACGGAGGAAGGAAGGGAGGUUACAGACCAAGAAGAGGAAGAAGAAGAAGAGGAAGAAGAAGAAGAAGAAGAAGGCUUAAAUGAGGAGGAUGACGAGGAAGAAGUGACAAACUCAGCUCAUCUGGAGCCCACGACUCUGCCGUGGCCUGGAGAUAAGGACAAGAGGCCUCAGACGGACGACAACAAUCAAGCCUGGUCAGAAAAAAGAGUUUCUGAGUCCGAAGAAAGGGACACGGGGAUCAGCGGCGGGAGCCAGGACCUGUCAGAGGACGCGGAGAGCGACAGAAAGGGCAAAUGGAGGGAGAGCAUGCCUGAGGGCGAGAAGUGGAGGGAUGAUGAGAUCGAGGUGCAGCGAGAUGAUAAAGGGGAGGGCUCGCUGGCAGACGAUGAAGACGAGGGGGAAGAGGAGGAAGAAGAAGACGACAACGGAGAGUCAAAUUGGAUCUCGGAGAAAACAUCUCCGAACUUCACCCCACGAGUGACAAUCGUGCGUCCAUCAAGUAAAGAGAUUCCUGAGGAGAGCAGGCUGUUCAUAGAGAGAGACGACAGGGAGGAGCUGCAGGACGAGCCAGAGUCAGCCGGGCUUUAUUACCAAGAGUGGGCAGAACAGGACGACAAGUUCUACCUGUGUGAUGAUCUGUGCGGCGAGAAACUGAAGGUGAUUCUGACGCUGGUGGCCGCAGGGAUCAUCUUCCCCCUCCUGGUGUGGGGAGGUUACGCCCUCCUUCCCUUUGAGUCGCCAAUGCUCAAGAGCGCCCCCCUCAGGGUGGUGUACACUCUACGCUGCUCCUUCUUCGCCAUCAUCCCCAUCCUGCUCGGCGUGUUGGUGUUGGGCAUCGCCCGGCUGCGCUACAGCGCCCUGCAGCCCCUCUACAAGGGCAAUCAGGUGAACAAAGAGGUGGCGGUGCACUGGCACUACAUCAACGAAUCGCUGGCUCUCUUCCUCUUCUUCUUCCUGCAGCUCGCUGUCAUGGCAACCUAUAUCAGCCAGGACCUGGUGAAGUUGGUGCCGCUGCUCACCAUCAUAUUCGUUUUCGGCAGGCUGAUCUACUGGCUCUGCCUCUCUCUGGGCAGCACCAUCAGGGGCCUCGGCUUCGGCCUCUCCUUCCUCCCCAUACUGGUCAUGCUGGGCGUCAACCUGUACUAUGUCUGCUCGUCGGUCGGACAGGGGUCCGUUUUCGACGUCGAGCAGCCCACGAUGGCUCCUCCUCCCAGGCAGCGCUGGUGGGGCUGAAGGGCGGAGGCGACAUUAAGAGACAAACAACUCUGAGGACUUUUUAAUAUCAUAACACCCGGACAGACAACUUGACUCGUUAUUCUGGUGUCGUUUUAAGUUGCAAGGCGGUUCCAGCAACUGCACUCGCUCCUUGAUCAUCUGUUUACAGUCCAAACAUAAACAUACAAACAUAAACUUAUGAUCAGCUGUCAAAAAUCAGCAAAAAUGACCAGUGACUUUUUCUUUUGUAGCAGCCGGUGUGAACAUUGCCUUUCACACUAAAAUGCCUCCAACGUGAAAGCUUUUAUUGUGAAGUAGCAGUUAAAAUAUUUAGCUUACAUUAGCAGUAGCUCAAUACAGCUCUGACAGUGUAAAGAGAGCAAACAUCAGUGAAAUGCAUCCUUUCCUGUGAAUGUCUUUAUUCAAAUUUGUAUGCACAUUUCACAGAACAUGUCGAUGAAAAUGACAGAUUAUACUCGAGCUUGCUUGAGGAUUUAGAGAGAAAAAUCUUCUCCUGCCUCAUAUAUCGCUCUGGCUCUAAUUAGAGUCAUGGGUUACGUGACCUACUUCUGAUGAAACUACGCUUUGCUCAGUCUUGUUUUUAACUGAACAAAACACUGUAGAGCGAUUAUAAAUAGAAUCAAAAAUGGGAUUUGAUGUCGUGAAAACAACUUACAACUUUUAGUGUUGUAACUCAAAUCUUCCUGGUUUUUUUUUAAACAUAAUACAGAAAACCAACUGAUCAUCUUGUAGAUAAGAAAGGAAGCCGAAAAGGUUUACGUUAACAUUUACGCCUACAAAUCUCUGCUUCAGUCUGUGUUUACUACCUUUACUGACCUUAUGAUUCACUCUGCACCUUUGUUGAGUCUUAAGCUGAUAAAAUCUGUUUUGAGGCAAAAGAGUUUAAUUACAUUUGGACACUAUGACAGAAAAGUCCAACCUGUCAGUCAUAAGCACAGAAUCAAGUGAGUUGGUUAUUUUUUUUUAUAUGAAUUAUUAACAUCAAGAUGUUUUAUGAAUGUUCCCAUUUUUAUAUUGUUGUCACACAACUAGAUCUUUUGGUAAUCUCAAGACUUUAUAUUUAUAAGUGAGACUGUAAAAUGCAUCUUUGUUUUAUUGAUCAAAGGCUUCUCCUUGUUUACAGCAGUAGCACUCGUCGAGCUAUUUGUGGAUCUCCUUUUCUCUCUUUUGAAGAGUGUUUGUUUCAUAUCAGUGCACAAGUAUUUAAAAUAAAUCUCAUUAAUA